AGGACGACGCUGCUGCAAAAUGUGAGUUCAACUGGACCCUGGGACCAGAGAGCGCCAUCACCUUCAUGCCUGUACAGUAGGAACACAUUUGAUGAGAUGGAACCUGGACUGAGCUCUUUUCGUGUGGAAUUUCCAGACUUCUCAAGCACUAUCCUGCAGAAGUUAAACCAGCAGCGCCAACUGGGUCAGCUAUGCGACAUCUCCAUCGUGGUACAAGGCCACCUCUUCCGGGCACACAAAGCUGUCCUGGCUGCCAGCUCACCAUACUUCUGUGAUCAGGUUCUACUCAAAAAUAGCCGCAGAGUCGUCCUUCCUGAAGUCAUGAACCCAAGAGUGUUUGAAAACAUUCUCUUGUCAACUUACACCGGAAGAUUGGCUCUGCCAGCUAAUGAGAUUGUUAGUUACCUUACAGCAGCAAGCUUUCUUCAGAUGUGGCACGUUGUUGACAAGUGUACGGAACUCCUAGAAAGCAAUCCAACUCUCCUGUGUCAAAAAUCCACCCUCAGCAAUGACCGCCAAUCUCCCAGCAGCAGCAACUAUAAUGGCAUAAAUGAAACUUUUGAUUUGGGGACGAGUAGUCAAGCAGAUUACAGAAAGGCUGUAGAGAUACGAGAUGUUGAGCAUGAGGAAGAGAGCCCAAAAGAUGAUGAAAUGUCCUCUCAGCUUACUGAACAUGAAUAUCUGCCUAGCAACUCUUCCACAGAACAUGAUCAACUAAGUACAGAGAUGACAAGUCAAGAUGGAGAGGAAGGGGCCAGUGAUAGCGCAGAUUAUCAUUACUCCCGUCCAUUGUAUAUAAAGCCCAGUAUCAUGUCCCACAAAAGAUGGAUCCAAGUGAAGCCGGAAAGGUUUGAGCAGGAUUGUGAAGGUGUUGUAGUUCACCCACCUUUUGAAGACCAUGUCUCAGAAUCCCUAAACCCAGGGCCAGCAGAGCAUCCAAUUCAGUCUUCGGCGGUUAUAGACAGUUUUGAUUUCUGCAACAAGAAAUCAAUAGAGCCAGAAGUACACAGCGACAACAGUCAUUAUGACGAGCAUGUUGACUUCUAUGGCGCUUCAAUGGAAGAGUUUUCAGGAGAGCAGGAAGAACAUCUCGAAGGCCACAGAGCAGAUAAUGCCUCUGCUGGGUUUGGGGAAGGUAUGGACGUUCCUGCCGGUAUUAAAGAAGAAAGCUCAUCCUCAGGUUUUACUGCUGUGGUGUAUAAACUCUACCCAUGCCAGUGUGGGAAAAGCUUUACGCAUAAGAGCCAGAGGGACAGACACAUGAGUAUGCAUCUGGGUUUACGACCUUAUGGGUGUGGGGUCUGUGGAAAAAAGUUUAAAAUGAAGCAUCAUCUGGUUGGUCACAUGAAAAUCCACACAGGAAUUAAGCCUUAUGAGUGUAAUAUUUGUGGCAAGCGGUUUAUGUGGAGAGACAGUUUCCACCGGCAUGUCACUUCAUGUUCCAAGUCCUACCAUGCCUCAAAAGGCGAGCCUGCCCCGGCUGACAACUAAAUAAGUCUGCUUUAUAUCCAAUAACACAGGGUGAUGCCUGUCAGUAUUGCUGGUCCUUUGAAACACUAUGGUAAUAUUAUUAAGCAAUAAGCCCGAUUAUAGUGUGCAGGCCAUGGCAUCUAUUUUGACUUUGGUGCUUGCUAUUGCAAAAAUGGGGAAAUAGUACAUGCAAUAUUUUGACGAAAUGAUUUUCAGGCAGGAGUUUAGGAAUAUUUAUAUGAGCUAAAGUGGGUUUCCUACUUUCAUCAAUAACAUGGGGGAAUCUUUCCAAGUGUUAAAAUAGAGGAUCGGCUGAAGACGCUCUGCCUGGAUGGUUUUUGUCUCUUACAAGUUAGUUCUGCGGUGGUUGGAAAGCAACACUGCAGUUAUAUCCUCCCCCUUUUUUAACAUGGAUGUUGCUUUGUGACAGUGGAAAAAGCCUAUUGUUUAGAGUCAUCUCCGACCAAUUGGCCUCAGUGUUGCUAGUGAAAAGGCCCUAUAAUUCAAUAUAAAAAUAUUGUAAAAACAAAGUUUUGGUAAAAAUGACUGACUGUCUCAUGUAGCUGGUAAAUGCUAACGUGUACUUUGGGCCUUUGUCUUUCGAAUUACUAAAUUCCAAAGGAUGUAAGCAGUUUUCAUUUACUUGCUCUGCAACUCUUGCAUGCUUUGGUUUUGCAACAGCAAUUGAUCAGGUGAUCAAUGUCCGAUACCAGCGAUCACUUUCUACGAAUACUUGUGAUGGGCAUCCAGCACCCUCUGAGCGUGUAUAUUUUGAACAUGCACACUUGAUGUCAUGCUCCCCAGGAGUUUGCAACCUACAUGUGUGCUUUAUAGAUAGGUAAAGGGUCUUGGAUCUACACUUGCAAUAAAUGGCCCAAAAAUAGAGUGUAGAUCUAUACCACCAGGUCAACAAGAAAUUAAAUCAAUUUUUUUUUUUUAUUUGAAUUUUAGAUUGGCCUAUGACAAGAGUUGUUUUUUUUUUUUUUGUCUCCUAAUUCACAAACUCUAAUUUACGAAUGUAACGUUUGUUUUUGUAAGAUAUUUUAAGGAGAAGUCCAGCCUGAGCUCGUACCGAUGCUGCAUCUACCUAGGUAAGUAUAAAACGGUAAUAACCACGAAACCCAUACUUCUCUUUUAAGUUGUCCAAAGAAUUAAAGGGACAGUAAACUGAAUAUUUGAGUUGCUAGAAAGUCAUUGGAUUUGUUUUAAUAAAAUUAGGAGAUGUUUGUUUUAUUUGGCCACUAGGAGGCAGUUAUUGCCAAAGGAACCCAUGCUAGGUGUUAUUUAUUAUACUGGAACUUUAUUAGGAGGGUAAAGAGAAAUAAUUCUGAACAGAAUGAUAUAUUGUUCCUCUCUGCUGCAAUAGCAAGCACCAAAUUGGCCUUAUCACUGGUAGUUAGCCUGGCUGGGUUCAGAAAAACUCGAUUGUGAUUUUUUAAACAGAGUUCACAAGACAUUUGUGUUUUCCAAACUUACUAUAGAAAGCAAAUCCAAAGGGCCUGUUAUAUUGGCCUGCUGGGUGAUUAAAGUGUAUGUAAAGGCAAAGCACUAUUAGGUUUUGGAUGGCAUGUUAAAGUGUUAAACCCUCAUAAAAUUUUAGAGUUGUCACCAGA